GCGGUCGCCGACAUGGCUGCACUCAAGCGCGCACGCGCCAUCUACCCCCGUGAUUGCAAAAAAAAAAAAAAAAAAAAAAACCUUUUGCAAGGCCUCGAUGAAAGAGAGAGAGAGAGAGAGAGAGAGAGAGAGAGAGAGAGAGAGAGAGAGAGAGAGAGAGAGAGAGAGAGAGAGGAGAGAGAGAGAGAGCGAGAGAGAGAGAGAGGAGAGAGAGAGAGAGAGAGAGAGAGAGAGAGAGAGAGAGAGAGAGAGAGAGAGAGAGAGAGAGAGAGAGAGAGAGAGAGAGAAGAGAGAGAGAGAGAGAGAGAGAGAGAGAGAGAGAGAGAGAGAGAGAGAGAGAGAGAGAGAGAGAGCAUAAGAGAAAGCAAAAGGAAAGAGCAUAAGAGAAAGAGAGAGAGAAAAAGAGAGAUAGAAAGAGAGAAAGAAAGAAAGUGUGAGAGAGAGAGAGAGAGGGAGAGAGAGAGAGAGAGAGAGAGAGAGAGAGAGAGAGAGAGAGAGAGAGAGAGAGAGAGAGAGAGAAAGAAAGAGAGAGAGAGAGAAAGAGAGAGAGCGAGAGAGAGAGAGAAAAAGAGCGAGAGAGAAAGAGAGAGAGAGAGAGAGAGAGAGAGAGAGAGAGAGAGAGAGAGAGAGAGAGAGAGAGAGAGAGAGAGAGAGGUGACGAAGGCUCGAGCGCUGAAGGGAGAAGGCAUGAAUAUCAGCUAUGCCCCUUUUGCAAUUGAACAUGAGCCACUCUCGCUUUGCCAACUGAAUGGGAGCUAUGCCCCCCCUGGAAUUGACUAUGACGCAUCCACCCUUAAGGCAAUUGUCUGGUAGACAAUCAAGGCGUGGUAUUCAU